UUUCUUUGUAAAGUCAUCACAUUUCCCUAAAGUUAACGACAUAUAAAUUUUUAAGCAUCUGACAUAUAUAAUAUGAGCAAUUCCACUUGCCAAAGCUAUCUUCUCUUGCUACCAAAUGAAAAGUAGACUUUAAGGUCAAGCAUAUCAUCAAUUUGAAUUUUAAUAAAUUAACAUCCUUUCUACAUCUAUGUUGUAUAUAAAAGGUAAUUCUGGUUAUGGUGCUUAAUAUCUCUUAUUCAUCAACCUUCUUAUCCAUUCAUGGCUUUGUCCAUAAUCAGAACAAGUCGAUGCCUAGUUAGGCCAUUUGAGCAGACACCAUCAGGCACCCUUGAUCUCUCUGUCAUUGAUAGGUUGCCUGUCCUGAGAUGCAAUGCUCGGACGCUGCAUGUUUUCAGAAAUGGCCCUGAAGCAGCAAGAGUUAUAAGGGAAGCCUUGUCCAAGGCGUUGGUUCCCUACUACCCUCUUGCGGGGCGUCCCAAGGAGUCCAGCCAGGGUCAGCUUCAAAUAGAAUGCUCAGGACAAGGUGUAUGGUUUGUUGAGGCAUCUGCUACUAAUAAUCUUGAAUCUGUCAAUUAUUUUGAUAAUGUCACAACAAUCCCCUAUGAUGAGCUCCUUCCUGAUUAUGUUCCUGAAAAUGACAAAGGCAUCGAGCCACUUGUCCAAAUGCAGGUUACACAAUUUGCAUGUGGAGGUUUUGUGAUUGGACUUAUAUUCUGCCACAGUAUAUGCGAUGGCCUUGGAGCUGCACAAUUCUUAAACGCAGUUGGGGAGCUAGCUAGAGGUGUUGAGCAGCUUAGCAUUUCACCAGUUUGGUGUAGGGAUUUUUCUCCAGCACCACCCCAACAAGCGAAUGCCACAGCACUGCCACCACCAAUGCCGAAUUAUAGGUUAGAGCAUGCCAAUAUAGACAUUUCAUUUGAUAAAAUUGCUCAGCUCAAGAAUGAAUUUCAAAAGUCAACAGGGAAAACUUGCUCCACGUUCGAAGUUAUAGCUGCCACAUUCUGGAGAAACCGAACAAUUGCAAUAAACCUGAAGCAGAACACAAAUAUGAAGCUUGUUUUCUUCGCGAAUUGCCGCCAAGUCUUAGACCUUGCUUUGCCUAAAGGAUUCUAUGGGAACUGUUUCUUCCCAGUGACGAUCACAGUUCCAACUGAGUCACUGGCACAAGCAUCAAACAUUGAAGUGAUAAAACUCAUACAAGAAUCAAAGGCUAAGCUACCAAUAGAAUUUGCCAAGUAUCUGAAGGGGGAGUAUUUGAAUGAUGGCGAGGAUCCAUUUGCACCGCCCCUAAUCUACAGCACGUUGUUCAUAUCAGAAUGGGGUAGAUUGGGAUUCAAUCAGGUGGAUUACGGGUGGGGUCCUCCAGUGCAUAUUGUUCCAAUACAGGGCUCUAGCAUCAUACCUGUAGGUAUUAUAGGAUUGUUGCCACUGCCUAUGAAAGGUAUCCGUUUGAUGACUUGGUGUGUUGAGGAGGGCCAUCGCCAGCAAUUCAUUAAUCAGAUAAUGAAAGCUACUUGAGUCUUCAUGUUCAAGACCCAAAAGAACGGGGAAAAAAAAACUUGGAAGCUUGCUUCCUCCUCUAAGAUAACCGUAUGGUUCAGUUUACUCCAUGAUUUCUUGUCAAUAAUAAGAAUGGAAUAUGUGUGUGAUCAAAAUAAUAAAAAAACACAGAAUUGUAAAUUUACAUAA